CGCCCCUCCCCCUUUUGAGGAGACAUGGAGUCGGGUCUGGAGCUCGAGCUGGAGGGAAAAGAGCACCCAAGAAACCUGAUUCCAGAACUCUGCAAGCAGUUCUAUCAUUUAGGCUGGGUAACCGGGACUGGUGGAGGCAUCAGCCUGAAAUAUGGGGAUGAAAUCUAUAUUGCUCCAUCAGGUGUUCAGAAGGAGAGGAUCCAGCCUGGUGACUUGUUUGUCUGUGACAUAAAAGAACGUGACAUCUCUGGCCCUCCACUCUGGAAGAAGCUGAAGAAAAGCCAAUGCACCCCCCUUUUUAUGAAUGCCUACACCAUGCGAGGAUCUGGAGCAGUCAUCCACACACACUCCAAAGCUGCUGUCAUGGUGACUCUCCUCUUCCCAGGAAAGGAAUUUCAAAUUACACAUCAAGAAAUGAUUAAAGGAAUCAGGAAAUGUCAGUCUGGAGGCUGUUACAGAUAUGAUGAGCUGCUGGUGGUUCCUAUCAUAGAGAAUACCCCAGAGGAAAAGGAUCUGAAGGACCGAAUGGCACGUGCCAUGGAGGAAUACCCAGAAUCCUGCGCUGUACUGGUUCGGCGCCAUGGCAUCUAUGUAUGGGGGAAGACAUGGCAAAAUGCUAAAACAAUGUGUGAGUGCUACGAUUAUCUGUUUGAUAUAGCUAUACAAAUGAAACAAUGCGGCCUUGACCCAUCUCGCCAGCCAGUGGAAGAAAAGGGCAUUGUCUAAGAUAGCUCUAUCAGGAAAUACCUGUGGUCAGUUGCAGAGCUACAUUGUAAAUCUGAAGACUUGUGCCUCAUAUGACUCUAUGAACUUUACAACCUGUCCUACUCUAUGAACAGAGCUCAACUACAGCACGGGUGAAUAUUCACGCUGAUGUCAGAUAUCCAUGUGUGGAUUGUUUCAGGCAACCUUUGCCAUGGUCUCUUAAUCACUGACAUUCAGACUCAACAAAAUUGAAUAUUUUACAAUGACUCAAGUCCAAAGACUGCGCUCUGGCAUAAGCGCUAACAAAACUCUUAUUAGGAACAUCUAUCCCAAGUCCUCUGCAUUCAAUUAUCAUGCAGGUCACUCUUUAGGGAAAGUAGUCAGUAAGUUCUUUUCUCCAGGUAACUUUAACCUAGAGCAUAGCUGAGUGCUAAUGGUACCGCAUGGUAAACCAGUCUAAUUCUCAGGUUAAUUUUCUGGGGAAAAAAACCAAGAUUGAUGUCAUCUCAGCUGGAUAAGUUUACCUUCAAUCAGUUCAUAUCUCAGUGAUGGUAACAAUGAAACUAUCAGACUGUCAUGAAAUCCUAUCUGUUUCUUCACCGUCCUUACCUGGUUGGGCCUACAUCUGUCGACAGACUGAUAGCAAUAUGGUUGUCUCUUAACUACCCUCUGAACUGGCCUUGUAAGCUGCUAAAUUAUAGAACCACUACAGAAAAGUUGAACAAGAAUAAAACCAGUAUCAACCCAGACUCUGGAAGUGAUAAAGGCACACCUUUCCCUGUCAACCCUCGGUUGUCCUCACCAUUAACUUGAGGCCUGCACCAAAAUUGAGAGAGCUGUCCCACAGCCCAUUCAAGCACAUAUAGAAUUAUACCUUGGAGAAACUGUCACAGACUCCUCCGUCAGGUUUAUAGCCAUGAUGGAAUUGGUUUGGGAGACCUCAACACUGACUUCAGAACCCAUGACGUCUCAUGAGGUCAGAUCAGACGUGACCAAGGAAAGGAAACCACCUCCUGAUUGCCAACUACCUGUCCAUCACCAAGAUUGACUAAGCUGGUGAAGUCCUAAAAGACACCUCUGCCAAACCAGGCGGUUAAAGAGCCAACAAGAUGGAAAAACCUACAUGGCCUCACGCUCUUCGAUUUCCCUGUCACAGAUGAAACUGUGAGUGCAAUGCACAGUCUUUGUGAAGAUCGAAGUCCCACCUUCACCGAAGGUUCAUUCCCCCCUACUCAGACUUGUUUCAAGGAUAGCAGGACUGUCCUAUGAGGAGAAAUUGGGAAAACCAGGCCUGUGUACUACAGCACUUCAAAUUUGACUUCAAUAGAAACCUGGAAUUAAGAGUCUAACGAUGACCAUGAAACCAUUGUCGAUGGUUGAAAAACCCUUCUGGUUCACUAACAUCUUUUUA